CCCAGGGGGGCCGGUCCCGCCCAAGUGGCGGCUCGAGCCUCUGGUUCCUAUUUAAAAAGGGUAACGGUAGCGGGCAGGGAGCUCAAUCUGGAAGCUUCGAUCUGCUGGCGGACAUGUCGAUUCGGCUGCGCGAUGGAGUCUGCAUACCCAUCAUCGGCCUGGGCACAUGGAAGUCCCAACCAGGUCAAGUGACUGAAGCAGUGAAGGAGGCCAUUGCCAUUGGUUAUCGUCACAUUGAUGGUGCAUAUGUUUAUAAGAAUGAGAAGGAAGUGGGUGAAGGCAUACACCAAAAGAUCAUGGACGGUGUUGUAAAGCGUGAAGACCUCUUCCUUGUCAGUAAGCUGUGGAGCACUUUUCAUGCAAAAGACCAGGUGCAGGAGGCUUGUUCUAAAACUCUGUGUGACCUGAAAGUGGAAUAUUUGGAUCUCUACCUUAUUCACUGGCCCAUGGGAUUCCAGGCUGGUGAUGAGGAUCUUCCUUUGGAUGAGACUGGGUUGAUUAUACCAAGUGACACUGAUUUUGUCAACACCUGGGAGGCUAUGGAAGAUUUGGUUGACAAAGGUAUGGUUAAAGCUAUAGGAGUGUCCAACUUUAACCAGGAGCAGAUUGAGCGAAUCCUGAAUAAACCAAACCUGAAGUAUAAACCUUCAGUCAACCAGAUUGAAUGCCACCCUUACCUGACUCAAGAAGACCUGAUCGCCUAUUGCCAUUCAAAAGAUAUCGUUGUGACUGCCUAUAGCCCACUGGGAUCUCCAGACAGACCAUGGGCGAAAGCAGGCGAACCAAAUCUCCUUGAUGAUCCUAAGCUCAAGAAAAUAGCUUGUAACCAUAAAAAAACAACAGCACAAGUCUUGAUCCGUUUCCAGAUUCAGAGAGGUCUGAUUGUAAUUCCAAAAUCUGUUAACAAAAAACGCAUUCAGGAAAACUUUGAGGUUUUUAAUUUUAAAUUGAGUGAUGAGGAUAUGGAGUCUAUACUGUCCUACAACAGGAACUGGCGAUGCUGCCCAAUGCUUUGGUGUAUUAAGCACAAGGCGUAUCCAUUCAAAGAAGCGGUUUAAACCUGUACUUCAAGUGAGACAUCCUGGUCAUGUAUUUUGAAGAUUUGUGGCUUCUCUAUUUGUAGACUUGAACAGCAGAAUUAAUCUAAUGUUCUUAAAACAACUGAAACACUCCAUUUUAGCUAUAUGGUAUAUUUUGGAAGCUUUGUGACCUUUUGAUUAUGUCCAUGAUGAACAACUGAAACACUCUUCUGUAAACAUAGUGAUAUAUUUUAGAAGCUACUUGACUUUUCUUAUUAUGUCCACGAUGCAAAUAAACAUUUUUAGAGGGUAAUUUUCCAUUUCUGGUGGAAUGCCUCAUUGUCUUGCUGUGCAAAUCUGGGAACUGCAGUCAUACUGCCCAUAAUAUCCUGAUAUGCAUGGUUGGCAGGUGAAGCUCCUGCUGUUAACAUCAGCUUGGAAAAUUGACCUUUUCUAAUCCUAAGCAAUUUAA